AUGUCUUCACCAAGUGAGCUGAUCUUCUUCAUCAAUGGAAAAAAGGUGGUCGAGAAGAAUGCGGAUCCAGAGGAGGUGCUGCUCAGCUUUCUGAGGAGAAGAGCGCUCCUGACCUUUGAAAAACUGAAUUCCAAUGAGGUCAUACCGCUCCUGACCUUUGAAAAACUGAAUUCCAAUGAGGACAUACCUGGUCUGACGGGGACCAAGAAUGGCUGUGGGAGCGGAGGGUGUGGAGCCUGCACUGUCAUGGUGUCCAGAUACAGCCAGCACCAGGAAAGAGUCGUACACUAUACUGUGAACGCCUGCCUGCAGCAGAUCGUCACCCUGCACUGUGCUGCUGUGGUGACAGUCGAAGGCAUCGGCAGCACCAAGACCAAACUGCACCCUGUUCAGGAGCGAAUAGCGAAGGCUCAUGGGUCUCAGUGUGGCUUCUGCACCCCGGGGAUGGUGAUGUCCAUGUACACCUUGCUGAGGAACAAACCUCAGCCCUCCAUGGAGGACAUCAGGGAAGCUCUUGGAGGGAACAUUUGCCGCUGCACAGGCUACAGGCCAAUUAUUGAUGGAUUUAAGACUUUUUGUGAAAGUGAGACCUCUGCCUGCUGCCAAAAUGGAGGAGGAGGAGGAAGAUGCUGUAUGGAAAAUGGAAUGAACGGCAGUAACAGCAUUGACAGCGAGGAAAGUGAUAUUUCUGAAGAACUUUUCCCGAUGGACGAUCUUUUACCUCUAGAUCCUUCUCAGGAUCUUAUCUUUCCUCCGGAGCUGCUGAUAAUGGAGAAGAAACUCAGUGGGGAUGCUCUUUAUUUCCAAGGACAGAGAGUGAAUUUGGUGGCUCCCUCUGAGCUGUCCCACCUCAUGGAGCUGAAAGCCAAACAUCCCUCAGCUCCACUGAUUGUUGGCAACACAACCAUUGGGCCAAAGAUGCUUCUGAAAGGAGUCCACCAUCCUCUGCUUGUCUACGUCGGAAGGAUUCCUGAGCUCAGUGCUGUGACAUGGGGGGAAAAUGGUGUGACAGUUGGAGCCGCCUGCAGCCUCAGCACAUUGAAGGAGGAGCUGGAGAGGGCCGUGGCGGAGAUGGAGGAGGCGAGGACCAGAGGAUACCGGGCGCUGCUGCAGACUCUCCAGUGUCUGGCAGGGAAACAGCUACGCAACAUGGCGACAAUUGGUGGGAAUCUCCUCAGUGCAAAUCCCACAUACGACCUUAGCAGUGUUUCGGCUGCUGUGGACUGCACACUGCACGUCGUCUCCAAAGAUGGGACGAGGGACAUUCCCUUGAAUGAAAAGCUCUUCACUGCCUUUGGGAAAACGGCCCUGAGGCCCAAUGAAGUCCUGCUGUCCAUCAACAUUCCCUGCUCCAAACCUUGGGAGUUUGUGGCAGCUUACCGACAGGCCCAGAGAAGAGAGUUCGCCUUUUCCUUGGUGAAUGCUGGAAUGAAGGUGGUGAUUAGGGAGGGAACCGACAUCGUGGAGUCCCUCAACAUCUACUACGGCGGAGUUGGACCAACUCUAGUCCGACCGGGACGGACGUGCCAGCAGCUGGUUGGACGGCCGUGGGGAGAAAAUCUCCUCACUGAGGCCUGCCACUUCCUAAAGGAAGACGUGGACGUGUCUUCGUCCAUCCACGGAGGGAAGGCGGAGUAUCGCAAGAGCCUCGUCUUCAGCUUCUUCUUCAAGUUUUACAUGCAAGUUGUCCUGGAGAUGGGAGAGAGGGGUGUUUCAGACAUUGAUCUCCCCCUGGAGUAUCUCAGCGCACUCAAGCCCUUCAAGAACGAAGUUCCACAGGGUCAACAGUCCUACCAGCUUGUGUCAGAGGCCCAGCCCUCCGUUGACCCCGUGGGGCGUCCCAGCAUGCAUCAGUCUGCUUUCCAGCAAGCCACGGGUGAAGCCAAGUACUAUGACGACCUGCCACCGGUCAAAGGAGAGCUCUUUAUCUUCAUGGUGACAAGCACGAGAGCGCACGCUAAAAUCACUAACGUGGACCCGUCCGAGGCCCUGGAAAUGCCCGGUGUGGUCACUGUAGUCUCGGCCGGAGACGUUCCCGGGUCGAACUGCAGACUCUGGUUCAACAACCCAGAGGAACUCUUCGCCACAGAGGAGGUGUUUUGUGUGGGUCAGAUCGUCUGUGCCGUGGUGGCAGAGAGCAGGGAACAGGCCAGGAGAGCAGCCCAGAAGGUCCAGGUCACCUACCAGGACCUGCAGCCUGUCUUCUUCACCAUUGAGGACGCCAUAAAGCACAAGUCUUACUUUGAACCCAAGAGGAAGGUGGAGAGAGGGGAUGUGGACGAAGCGUUAAAGACAGCUGAACGUGUUCUGGAGGAUGAGAUCUAUAUGGGCGGGCAGGAGCACUUCUACAUGGAGACUCAGGGACUGAUCGCUGUUCCCAGAGGAGAGAAUGAAGAGAUGGAUUUGUUUGUGUCCACUCAGCACGCUGCCUUCACUCAGGACCUGGUCGGCAUGGCGCUGGGCAUCGAGUCCAACAAGAUCACCUGCCACGUGAAGAGGCUGGGCGGAGGGUUCGGAGGAAAGGUGAUGAAGAUCGCGUGCCUCUCUGCCAUCACUGCAGUCGCAGCACACAAGACUGGGAAGGCCGUGCGCUGCUGCCUGGAACGAGGGGACGACAUGCUGAUCACUGGUGGCAGACACCCAUUCCUCGGAAAGUACAAGGUUGGGUACAACAGCGACGGCACCAUCGAAGCCGCCGACAUCAUUUACUACAGCAAUGGAGGAUGCACACUGGAUGAGUCCUCAUUCAUUAUGGACAAAGCGAUCCUCCACAUGGACAACGGCUACAAAAUCCCCAACCUGCGAGGUCGGGGCGUGGUGUGCAAGACCUACCUGCCGUCUAACACGGCCUUCCGGGGCUUCGGUGGGCCUCAGGGCCUCAUGGUGAUGGAGAGCGUCCUGCACGAGGUGGCAGUCCGCUGCGGCCUGCCCCCUGAAAAGGUCAGAGACGUAAACAUGUACAGGGAGGAGCAGAGCUACACACACUACAAGCAGCCGUUCUGCCCCACCAGCAUGGUUCGCUGCUGGGAUGAGUGUCUGGAGAGGGCCGACUACGAGGAUCGGCUCCGAGCAAUCCAGCUCUUCAACUCCUCCAACCGCUGGAAGAAGAGAGGCAUCGCUGCUGUGCCGCAGAAAUUUGGCGUUGGCUUCUCCAAAGGUUUCUGUAAUCAAGGUGCAUCUCUGGUGAACAUCUUCAAAGACGGCUCAGUGCUGGUGACACACGGAGGGACAGAGAUGGGUCAGGGCAUCCACACCAAGGCCAUACAGAUAGCGAGCCGUGUCCUCAAGGUCCCCAUGUCUUCCAUCUUCAUCAAAGAGACGUGUACAGGAAACGUCCCCAAUGCGGCACCGUCAGCUGCCUCGUUUGGCACCGACGCUGUGGGCAUGGCCGUCAAGGAUGCUUGUGAGAAGCUAAUGAGACGCCUGAAACCACUCAUGGAGGAGAAUCCCAAAAACACAUGGAAGCAAUGGGUCAGUGAUGCUUUCUUCCAGAAGAUCAGUUUAUCUGCAACUGGAUUUUUUAUGGGACCUGCCACCAACGUGGACUGGGAGAAAGGUGAAGGUCAAGCGUACUAUUACUUCACCUACGGUGCCUGUUGCUCUGAAGUGGAGAUCGACUGUCUCACUGGGGAUCACAAGAACAUUCGGACUGACAUUGUGAUGGAUGUUGGGAAAAGCAUCAAUCCUGCUUUGGACAUCGGACAGGUGGAGGGAGGCUUCGUCCAGGGCGUCGGCCUGUACACCAUCGAGGAGCUGCAGUUCUCCCCGGACGGAGUCCUGAUGACCAGAGGACCGUCUCAGUACAAGGUGCCAGCGCUCUGCGACGUCCCAGCUGAGUUCAACGUGCAUCUGCUCGCUGACUCCGAAAAUCCUCACGCCAUCUACCUGUCCAAGGGUAUAGGUGAGCCUCCAGUCUUCUUUGGCUCCACUCUUUUCUUUGCCAUCAAAGCAGCCAUCGCAGAGGCUCGCAAAGAGAAAGGACUGGGCGACACGUUCCCCCUGAGCUCCCCGGCUACAGCCGAGAAGAUCCGCAUGGCCUGCCAGGACCAGUUCACUGAGAUGGCCUCAUCUCAGACGAACGGGCCUGCGACUCCGUGGUGCAUUCAGGUGUGAGCGUCCUCGGUCCACAAGGAGACAAGUCAGGGUUAGUUUACAGACGAUGAUGGACUCUCCACUGUGGCACCUCUAAAGAUACUCUCAUCAGUUAGAGCCUGUUAUUUCAUGUCAUCAGUGUUUUGUUCUGUGGUUGUGUCCUGGUGCUAAAUGAGAACACUUCAAACAAUGGUUUUACUAUAUUCAAAUAUGUGUUGAAUAUAUAAUUAUUUAUUCUGUUGCAGGAGCAAAAACAUUCAUAUGUACUGUAAAAUCUACUGCUUAUAAUGCAUUCAUUUCAUAUUGAGCUUGGUGUGAUUUUGAUUAAGUAUUAAAAAUAUAACUUUAUCAGGUGAUUAUUAUGAGUUACAUUCAGUUCACAGUCAGUCUUGCUUUACUUUGAUUACAAACAAAAAAAAAUCUCAGUUCCAGUUUUAGAUGUUCAAGGCCCACGGUUUGAAAGAUCCUGGUUUGUCGGCUGCAAUCUGGAAACAAAAUAAAACAACAAACAAAUAAACGUUAACAGAAAUGAAUGGCAAAUGUAUGGCUGUCAUUUUUAAAUGCUAAAGUUUUUGUGUGGCACUAAGUUUACUUUCCUAUUUAAUGUAAUAGAAAGAACUAUGAAGUGAUUUCAUGUAUUUCUUUAUUUGAUUUGAUUUUUUGAAGUUGACUAACUUUAUCUGAAUUAAAUUGAUUUAUUCUAACUCUCAA